AUGUUCCAGCCCAAUCCAGAUGAUCAAUUUCACCUGCGCCUCCACAGGGCGCGGUCUGUCGUCUUGACAACUCAAGAGCUCGUGGAGAUUCGGGCGGCUCAGCGCACAUUCGAAGGCGCAUACGUUCGCACAGCCCUAGGCCAAUUCUCAUUUGCACUGAUCAUCCUCAAGAUCUUCACUUCAGAGUUCUAUGCCAUCGGCGCUUUGUUCGCAGUGUAUGGAGUGGCAGUGAUGCUGGUGGCCAUCUACCGUCGCUAUGAGGGCAACCACCAAUUCUUCAAUUCCGCGUCACCUGAUGGAACACUGAAGCGCAAAUUUAGGACGAGCGGGAACAGUGUUUUGCUGCUGACGGUCCUCAGUCUGAGUGCUUACGUGACGUUGAUGGUGCUCACCUGGCGUCUGGUUUAA